AUGCAGGGUAUCCCUGUCAUCACAAGAUUUCUUGCUCAAUAUUUACCAUUCUGGAAUGAAAUGGACUUCUUUGCUGAGAUAAUGGACCUAGUUGAAUGGAUAAGCGUGGAUUGUUCUGAAUACAUUGUUUCUAUUAUGGAGUCUCUAAUGAGGAUUUACUACAGAGUGGAGCCAAUGGAACAAUGCGCUAUACUGACAAGUUUAUCUGCAAUGUAUACUAAUAUUGUGUACGCUAGCACACGUAAACAACAAUAUUUUAUGAGCAUGCAAUCAUCUCGGACUGACUAUCCUCAAAUCUUAAGGAUGGUUGCAUCAAACUUAACUGACCUCUAUAACAAAGGAUUACAGAUAAAGCCAGAGGACGCGCGCGUGCAGCUGAGCUGCGCGGCGGCGGCGGAGCGCUGCGCGCGCGCCGAGCUGGCGUGCGCGCGCGCGCCCGGCGCCGCGCCGCGCCCGCUCGCGCUCGCCGUGCCGCUGCUGGCGCCCUCCGCUGCGCUCCUCGACAGCCUCGCGGCCCUCCUCAUGCUGUACAGGAAAAUCUUCUCAUCAAUGAAAGCGAAGAACAAUCGCCAGACAAGCAGCCUGGAUAUUGAACAAUUUCAAGCACUAAAAGCCUUCACUUCAGACAUGAUAUCAUGUUCAUAUAACGAAGACUUCCUAAGUGGUAGGAAGAAGGGAUUUAUUUUCAAUAGGUUGCAUCCACAGGUCGUUGCGAAACUUAGUGAUAUAAUACCCGAUGUCGACUCCAAAUUGAGUAUACGGAACCAUUUAGCGUUCGCACCGUAUACAUAUGUCCAGUUGGAAGGGAUAGAGAAUGUUGAUGCAGACAACAGUUUAUGGUUUAGUACAGCUAUUGACCAGGAAUUUACAAACUUGAGCAAGUUCUUGACGAAGGCCGUUCCACAGUUAGGAAGUAAUUUUUAA